AUGCCUGAAACCUUGGUUUGGUGUACUUGCAGUAUCUGCUUACUGAAUGAUGAUGGUGGUUCUUGGAAACUAAAAAGUGCCAGAGUUAGACAUCGAAAUCAUGAUAAACGAAAUGCACUAAGUCCUAAUAGUGAUUCAAAAAUGCAAAGCAGUAUUCAGAAGCAAGAUUCAUGUGACUUUUAUCAAGAGACAUUUGAGCAUAAACUUUAUAACAUUGAAUACGUUAGUGAAUUUGAUAAUGAGUCAAGAAACAAUGAUAGGUUGGAAAGUACAAACAAAUUUGAGGAUGGGUUAGGAAAAAAUAAUGAAUUUGAAAGAUUUGAAAGUAUUGAUAAAUCUGAAUAUGAGUUAGAAAAUAAUAUCGAAUUUGGGUAUGAACUAGGAGAUAGUGAUGAAAAUGAUGAUUUAUUACGAGAAGGCGAUUCAGAAAAAAAUUUGGAUAACAAAUCAAUUCCGCCUCUUGACUUUGUCAAGGAAGAUGGGAUCAAAAAUCAAGGGGCUAAACCAAUUCUGCCUCUUGACUUUGUCGAGGAAGGCGGGAGCCAAGAAGAUCUAAUUGCUUUUUAUGAAAGGGAAGAUAUUCGAGAUAAAAAAAAUAUAGCCAAACUUAAAUCUAUACUAGCUAAGUAG